AUGGAUCAUUCAGCAGUCGAUGACGAUGAUGUCCGGGCCACCGAGCUGGAAACCCUCGAGGCCAUCUAUCCCGAGCUUCGCCGUCCAGAUGGCGCUGGAUUCGUUUUUGAGCUGGAGCUGCCCGUGGAACCGGCUGCCCCCGUGACCGUGACCUUUCCUGCUGCUGCUGAGCCUGGUCAGGUUCUCAACGGUUCGGCGUCUGAUGCACCGGCGUUGGUAGACUCUCUGCAAGUCUCUCACCUACCUCCUCUCACCAUGCAUAUCACGCUUCCGGAUGGCUAUCCCGCAGAAUGCGCGCCCCUGGUCAAGAUUUCAACCACUCCUCAAUGGCUCUCGGCUGAGAAGCUUGCAAGUCUUGCGGGAGAAGCAUCCCAACUGUGGGAAGAAAUGGGACGGGACCUGGUGGCCUACACUUACAUCGACCACAUACAGCGGGCUGCUGACGAUGUGUUUGGGGCCAUUACUUCUGAAGGAACUCUCCAGGUCGAUCCAGAGCAUAAACUCGCUGUGCUGGACUACGAUAUCAAAGCCAAGAAGGCGGCCUUUGACAAGGAGACGUUCAACUGUGGCAUUUGUUUAGAUCCCAAGAAAGGAUCAAAAUGUCACAAGAUGCUUGACUGCACUCACAUUUUCUGCUUGCAAUGUCUCCAGGAUUUCUACAACGAUGCCAUCAAAGAAGGCAACUUGUCGACUGUUCGUUGUCUGGCCCCUAACUGUGCUAAAGAGCGUUCUGCUGCCGCAAAGGAGGAGGGAGAAAAGAGACGCAAGCCCAAGACUUUCAUCAGUCCCAGCGAGUUGUUGCAGAUUGGCCUCUCUGAAGAAAUGGUGAAGCGCUACGUUGACCUCAAGUAUAAGACGGAACUUGAAUCUGAUAAAAACACCAUCUACUGCCCUCGACAGUGGUGCAACGGAGCUGACGAGAAGAGUGAAGCCAACGGAAAGAGCAAGAAGGGAGCAGAAAAGUUCAACCGCGGUGACCUUUUGUCCGUCUGUGAGGAUUGCGGAUUUGCCUUUUGCAGUAGAUGUUAUCAGUCAUGGCAUGGAGAGUUCUUCCAAUGCGCCCCCAGACGCAAAGACGGCGAGCUUACCGAGGACGACAAGGCUUCUCUCGAGUAUCUCAAGCUGCAUACGAGCCCCUGCCCGACUUGCAACGCCCCAGCACAAAAGACUCACGGCUGUAACCAUAUGAUUUGCUCGCGAUGCGACACACACUUCUGUUACCUUUGCUCCUGCUGGCUGGAUCCGGGGAAUCCAUAUCGACACUACAACCAACAGGAAGAUGGCAAGGUUACAUCAUGCUAUAUGCGCUUGUGGGAGCUGGAAGGUGGAGAUGGCGAUGAUGUUGCCGUGCCGGAAGGUGAAGAGGCUCUGAACGAGAUUGGCUUGGAGAUUGAAGAGAUGGAUGACGAGGUCGAGGGCAAUGUCGAUGCCAAUGCCAACGCCAAUGCCAACGUGCCGGUACAGCUUGACGAGAACGGCCAGAGAGUCGCUGUAGCUCGUGAGGCUCCCCUCGUCCUACGACUCAUGGACAAUCCAGUUAACAAUGGCAACAAUAACAAUAACAAUCAGGGGCGUGGCGGGCAUCGAGGUGCAGACAACUUACCCGCCAGAGCCCGCGGCGGAGGAGCAGCAAGAGGCCGGGCUGCGGCACAUGGCCCGAAUCAUCGUGGAGGCCAAGCUGCCAACAAUGCCAGAGGCCAUCCUGCCAACCGUGCAAGGGGUGCUAGGGGUGAUGCCCGUCGAGGUCAGGACGGCGGACGUGGAGGAGCGCGAGGUCGAGCUGGAGCUGCAGGUCGAGGAGGUGCUGCGAGGCAGAACCCGGACCCGAAUGACAACAAUAAUCAGAAUCAGGACGGGCUGGACGCCGAUCAGGAGGCGUGGGUUAGACACUUUGUUCGGAUGGCACUCCUCGAUGCGGAAGAUGAGGUUGAGGGCGGCGAUUCAGACGAGGAGGAUGAGAAUUGGCGUUUUCGGUGA